AUGGCGCGGGUGCUUGGGUGUGAGGCGUAUUACAGUGAGCAGUUAGAUAAGGCCAGGGUGCUGGCGCGGUUUAUGGGGGCCAGCCCCAUGAUCGCCGCCACCAGCACAUUGGGCAUGGGGGUGGACAUCCCCAAUAUCUACAGCAUCAUCCAUAUUAGGACCCCCCGGACGUUACUGGAUUACGCGCAGGAGAGUGGCCAGGCUGGGCGAGAUGGACAGCGCAGUGAGGCAAUCAUUAUCCAGCCAGCUAGGUGGGAUGCCCCAGCUCCAUGGAUGGAGGGCGUCGCCCAUGAGGACCAGGAGCGGGUUGCUGAGUAUAUGGGGGUGGUGGAAGGCAUUGGGUGCCGCCGGGUCGUGUUAGAUCAGUAUUUAGACGGAGUGGUGGACAGGUAUCAGCAGCGGUAUUGCCAGGAUGCGGAUCCCAGGGAGCAGAUAUGUGAUGGGUGUAAUCCCAAUUAG